AUGAUGAGCAAGUGUUUUGUAUUCAUGUCCAAUCGGUUGUGUUUUCUGGGUGCCUUUUUAUAUCAGGCGCUUCUCCGCCGAGUCACUGAUCCAAGCUCUUAUCAACUCAGAGAUAUCUUCCAGGCUCAAGUGGUCUCUAAAAAGUCAUCCGAGUCGAAAAUCUUUUGGAAGCAUGGUUAUCAGGACUUUAUCGGCGGUAACGUUGAUCAAUUCCAGGAUCCGGCUUUUCCUUGUGAGAACACGACAAUUAACGUUGAUGACGUUGAUGAGCAGAGACAACAUGACAUCCGAAGGGAAGUUUUCCAUUUGGUUAAAUCCAAGCGACUGAUACAAGCUUUGGCGGAUUUCAGGAAUUGGCUUUUAGAAGUAACUUUCCAAUAUCGGGUCGCAAUAGGUCUUACUGAUGAACAUAAUAUUAGACAGAGCAAGGAGAUGUUAUAG